AAACCCAAACACAACAUCCACCCCAACAGCGCAAUAAACGACGUGAACAAAGAACCAGUGCAAAGCUUCCCGGGACCCCCUUUCCCCCGAGCCGGAAGCCGCCCCGGCCCCUGCCCGGCCCCCGUCCCGUCCCGGUGGGGCAGGGGGUGCCGGGGAGGGCCGGGCCGCGCUGGCCGCUCGCCCGCGUCGCUGCCUGUGCCCGUGCGGGGACCUAAUAAAGCUAUUUUGAAAGUGACCCCUCGGGCAGAGCGCGGGGAGGGAAGCGGCGAGCCGGGCGCAGCUGUCCGGAAUCAUGACUGAAGAUGACGGAUUCCGUGGUGGUGGAGGGUCACGUCAAGUUGAGAGAUGGAAAAAAGUGGAAGAGUAGGUGGCUGGUGCUGCGCAAGCCCUCCCCGGUGGCAGACUGUUUGCUCAUGCUGGUAUACAAGGAUAAAUGUGAACGAGCAAAAGGGCAUAAGGAGAGGAGCAGCAUGACCUUAGAAGACAUCUGUGGCUUGGAUCCUGGGCUCUCCUAUGAGGGCUUGAAUCACACGCUUGCAAUCAUCUGUCUCUCUCAAGUUGUGAUGCUGGGAUUUGAGAACAAGGAAACAAUGUACGCGUGGGAUGUACGAAUCCGCUACAGUCUGGGGGAAGUUCAUAGAUUUCAAGUUUUUGUAGCGCCUGGCACUAAACUAGAGAGUGGGCCUGCUACCCUGCAUUUCUGCAAUGACAUUCUCGUCCUUGUAAAAGACCUUCCUCCUAGUGUCAUGGGGCAAUGGAAGCUCUCAGAUCUGCGUCGGUAUGGAGCUGUCCCAAAUGGAUUCAUCUUUGAAGGGGGUACCAGGUGCGGCUUCUGGGCUGGUGUGUUUUUCCUUUCUUGUGCUGAAGGAGAGCAGAUCAGCUUUCUGUUCGACUGUAUCGUCCGUGGCAUCUCCCCGACGAAAGGCCCUUUUGGUUUGCGUCCAGUCCUACCAGAUCCAAGUACAAAUCCAGCCUAUUCAGAAGAAAGAUUGGCUCAUGAAGCUUUGCAAUUAGAAAAGCGCUUGAGCUUGCUGUCCCAUACAAGUCGCCAGGGCAGUGGAGGAGACGACAGAAGUCUUUCAAGCUCGUCUUCAGAUACCAGCCACUCGGAUGUUAGUGUUGGGAGCAGAUUGACAAUUUGGCCUGAACAGUCUUCAGCCAGCACUUCUCAAGAGAGUCAUGGAUUGGCAGCUGCAAAGGGCAUUUAUCUUGGGGAAGAAAAGACCCUUCCAGAAGGGGCACGUAGCACUACUAAACUGCCUCCAAAGCCCCUCCGAUCCAGACAGCUACAGGAAAUAGGUCGUCAGAGUUCUUCUGACAGUGGAAUAGCUACUGGUAGUCACUCUUCUUACUCUGGAAGCUUCUCUUCCUAUGCUGGUAGCUUGGACAUUUGCCAUGGUGAUGAGUUUGGAUCAUUGCUAAGCUUGCCAUUGAACUUUCCUUCGGAUCAGAAUUUAUGUACUUGUCCUCACAGUGAGCCCCAGAGAGGUGCAGGAUCAGAGUAUCAGGUUCCCAGCUCUCUCAGACAUAUUUACGAUAUACCCAGGAGUUUGUUACAGGCAGCUUCUAAAGAUGUGCAACCGAAGAGUGCAGAUUCCACGCUAUCCAAGGACCAGGCCCUGUCACCUCAAGGUGCUAGUGACCCAAAACUGCUACUACCACGGAGGGUACCUGAGCACAGCCAGGACAGAGGGAGGCCUUCAUCCUCACUUGCAGAAAGCAGCAAGGACUCAAGUGAUGAGACAUACGUGGAUUUUGUUUCGAGGUGGUCAGACACAAAACCACAAGGACAGGUGUCAGACUCCAAAAGUAGUGAGUUGUCACCACCUAGUGGGGCCUCAGCUGACCCCUAUGACACAUGUAGCCCCCACCUUGGGAUGACAAGAGCUCUUUUUUCAGCUUGUCCAAUCUGUGGUGGACUAAAGGGAACAGCAAUAUUACAGUCUGGAGUCUUACCAGCUAUACCAGGUGGUGCUUCUGUCAUGGCAGCUUCUGGGUCUUUGAAAGUACAUAGAGGGCACAGCCUCCAAGCUGGUCCUAAAGGUGGUUAUGAGAUGCUGACACUUCCUGCAGAACCUGGAACUCCUACUAGCCCUGAGGAACCUGAAGGAGCAGCAGGUUAUUCAGCUGAUGUCUCUGCAUCAGAUCGACCCCACAGUGAGACAGCCACCUAUGUUAAUAUUCCUGUCAGCCCUACUUCCAAAAAACAGCUUCAUUACAUGGAAUUGGAACUUCAAGAACAUAGCACGAGCAUAAGAGGUAGUGGAUCAUCCCGAUAUGCACAGAUUGACAUUGCAGCCACUGAGACAGCCCACAAAGUGGGAACGCAGCAUGCUCAGUGCCGGGAGGAACGCUUGCAGGAGCUAGAGCAGAAGAAGAAAGGGGCUCAACAGUGACCUGUCUAGGAAAGAACUUUUUGCUCACCAUAAAUUGGUACUAAAUUAUCUUCCAAAAGAUUCACAUUUAUUGUAAAAAAUACUCAUACAAAAUGCUGCCAUUGUUUAUUGCAUUUAUACCAGAUUCAUUCCAAUGUCUUGAUUCCGAAUUGGAAAGCUGGUAGCAUGAGGGGUGUGUGUGGUCUUUCUUUUUAUUUUAAUUUAGUUGUAAAGUUCAGAUUUUUUUUCCAUAUGCAAUGACAGAUGUAAGUAACCUUUUUCUAUAAUUCUAAAAUCCUGGAAAACCUGGACUCAAUUCCAGUGUUUAUUAAAUGGUGGCAUUUUCUUUAAAAAUAAAGAACUUGAAUGUGUGCAGAUAAGGGAAUGUGAGUGUGUGAGUGGUAAGUGUACACAUAUGUUUGCAUGUGUGCAUAUGUAUGUGUGUAAGCACACAUUACUGAUAAAAUAUAUGUAUAUAUCUGAGUGUAUAAAAUAUGUAAAACCUCUAUUAAUAUAUUAAUGGACUCUUACAAAAGCAAGAAAAUUCAGUGCCUGAUUUUUUGCAGGCACACUUUUGUUCACUUUAUAUGCUUAUUUAUGGACAUGCUUAACUUUACCUAUGCGUAGUUCAGUUUUAUACCUCACCAAGAGUUCUGCAGCUUUGGCUAAAGUUGCUCAGAUUUUAAAAGCUGCGGUGUCAGGGAUGCAUAUGUGUAUGCAUACAGACAAGAGCACACACAAACAAAUUAUUUAGUUUAAUUAUGUCUAUAAACCAAAGUAAUGUGAAGGGACAUUUUGAGUGCUUCUGUUCUUAAAAACCUUGUGUCAAACCAUAGGCUUUGAUUUCAUAGUUGCUGAGUACCUGUAAUUCUUAGCAAUUUUGCUGGAGUUGAACGUAUGUAUUGCUUAGAAAAUCAGGUCUCAGGUUUCUCAUACAGAAUAUCUUAAAAUCAAGGUACUCAAAAGAAACAUUCACUUUUGAAAAUGGAGUCCUUUAUCUGUAUCUCCAAAACUACCCCUAAUGUAAACCAGCGUCAAAAGCAGAUCAUCCACCUUGAAUCUAAAACUUUCACUGACUAAUUCUCUGCUGUCCCUAAAUAGCAUAAAACCAGUUCUGUGUAAGAGGAUGAUGUCUUCAGAGAUGCUACAGAAUUGAGGCACAACAGGAUGUUAUGUUGUAAUAUAGGUUUAUCCGCAAGUCUGUGACAUCUUGCUUUUGUACGGUGAGAUUGUAUGAUUCAAAACUUGACUUAGUUUCUUGUGUUGCAUUGUCUACGUAAUUCUUGUGUUCUAUGUAUUUGUCCUGAUACAAAAUGUUAUUUAAAUAAAAUGUUAUGGCAGUGA